UUUGUGAUACGUUCGCUUCUUCAACAUUUCGCUCAUCGGCGACAUGUCUUGUUACCGAAGAAUCAAGCCCUUCCUCAUCAACUCCAGGAGAAACAUUAUAAAUCCUCCGAGGAUUUCGCCGGAAUCUCCGUCUUUCAACGCUUUCUCGAGAAUUCAUCGGAAAGGGUCUUCGAAUCUAUCAGCUAAGUUUUCUGGGUUCAAGAUAUCUUCGCGCAGAUUAGGUUUAAGCUUGUGUAACUCUCUCGGGAAUACGAACGUCAAUGCAUGUAACCGGUUUCUGAGUGUUCCCAAGAAGUUUGACUGCGUUGACCGGUACCAGGUUCAUCGUUUCAAGCCAUCGGAACCGAGACGGUGGUCCCAAAACCCCGCGGCCGUUUUGGCGGCGGUGCUUGUGGGUUCAGGGGUUUUGGUCACCGUGUAUUGUAAGGAUCUAGAGACUGUUCCUUACACGAAACGGAGGCAUUUCGUUCUUUGGCCGAAGUCGAUCGGGAAAUGGAUUGGUGAAUGUGAGUUUCAGCUGAUAAAAUUCUGGUCCAAGGGGAAAAUACUCCCUGCGGAUCACCCUGAGAGCAUUAGGGUUAAAUCGAUCGUGAAGGAUAUCAUCGAAGGGUUGCAGAGAAGUUUGAGCCUGGAGAGUGUGCGGUAUGCGUCCAUGGAUGGUACCUCUACGAAAAAUGACGGAGCAGUUAAGGAUACGGCAAUGGGACUGAGCGGGAACUGUGGCAAAGGGACAAUGGGUGGAAUGAAGUUGUCUGAAGAAGAAGAGCUUGUGGAUGACACAUGGAUUCAGCAAAGCAGUAAGAAGGGCAAAGAGAAUGGAUCACGACCCACGAUUGCUCACCUCGAAGGGUUGAAUUGGGAAGCUCUUGUGGUUAAGGGGAAAGGCAAAGCAUAUUGCUCGUCUUCUGGGAAGAUAGUGGUAUACACUGAUUUGGUCGAACAUCUCAAAACAGAUGCAGAGAUUGCCACUGCGAUCGGACAUGAGAUCGGUAGUUUCGUCGCACGACACACAGCAGAGGAAACUUCCACCUGGUUUUGGUUUUGGACCCCCCUAAUGGUUCUCUCAAUGUUCAUUACCAUGCCUUUUCUUCUUGCGAUCGACAUAAUGGUGUUAUGUCUCGUACAUUACUUGAUGUCUCUCGGCAGAAAGAACACCAAAGAAGCAGACCACAUAGGUUUGAUUCUGCAGGCAGCAGCAGGGUACGAUCCACGGUUAGCUCCUGGAGUGUACGAGAAGCUCGGGACGCUUGAGAGGGCUCGGAUGUUGGCUCAGUCAAAUGCCAUGGAAGAAGCCCUUUCGUUUUACUGUGGACAAGUUCAAUCCGAUCGUUUGGAUUUGGAGAGGGUGGGGAUGUAAAAGAAAAGAACAUGUUCGGUUCUAGCCGUUCAUAAAACUUGAUCUCCUGUAAU